AGCAUACUUCCAAAAAUAAAAUACCUUUCAGUCUCUAGUUAAGUUUCCAGUUUCCAUUUAUUCCCCCUCCCAGACAAAGACACAGUCAGGGUUGGCGUAUUUCGAGCAGACAAUGAAUGCAUUGAGGGCAGACGUUUCCUUUCAUUUGCAGAUCAUCUUGCCUUUUGCUCACAUUUAUCAGUCAAGUCUUUUUGUUGUUUUUCCUUGUUUGCCUUCUCUAGACUUGCUCUAGAAACCUGUUAGAUUUCUUGUGAAGUUGUUCGCAAAACUUCUCACUCGGCCAGUUUAAGUAAUUUCAGUGAAUAGCUUAAGAUCACGCCCUUCUUAUCUUCGCCUUAUUAUUAACCUGUUGAUCGGCGCUCAUUCAUUCAGUACUCUUAGGUCGUAAAAAGGCUCAUUUUACCGUCCCCAUCGGUAAAUCCUUUGCUGUGCAACUUGUACAUAUGGGUGCAGUAAGCCCUCCCUCUUUCCGGGUUAUAGUAACCAAACUCUCACCUCGCAUCGCAGACACGCCGUCAUCGCCAGCGAGAAAGCCGACCGACUUCUACUUUUCCUCUCCAUCAAAACAACAACGAAAUACGCGCUGGGAACACAUUGCGGUGGAAGUUUUUUGCGCGUAAAAACGGUAUGGGCGCAGGGAGGAAAGGGGCCCACUUUUGGAGUUUCUUCUCGACGUUUGUGUGUUCGUGUUCUGGCGUCCGAUUCUGAGAGCUUCAGACAGCAGAUAACUGGAGCUGUUGAAUCCAAUCUGAAGCCAGACGUUCAGGAUGACUUGAGGAGACGCUGUGCGUGGCGCCUGGUACAACGGAGCAAGGAUGAAUGCACGGCGUUUCAUGCUGAAGCUUAGAAAAAAGUUAAUUCCAUCCCUUCUCUCCGUGUUGACAUUAAUUGUACUGCUUUUGGUCAGCAUUAAGUACAAUUACAUCCCUGAAUCUUCAGAUCUUCCACAAGAUACAACCAUGCAGCCGUUUGUCAAGCACAACAUCAACUGUGAUGCUAUUUAUGACAUGGACCCGGCAGAAGUGGGUAAAUCCCUCAUCAUCAGAAGAAAAACGAUAAAGGAAGAUACUGAUGAAAGUCUGAUCAGCUUCACAGAAAACUGCCUCGUUUUCAUGAACAUCAGAGGGUAUGAAGACUUGUGUGUUUCUGAGGAAGAGAAUGAUUUUCCAAUUGCAUACUCUUUGGUUGUACAUAAAAAUGCAUGGAUGGUAGAGAGGCUCCUCAGGGCAGUGUACUCUCCCAAUAAUAUCUACUGUAUCCACUACGAUCAGAAGUCAUCGGCUAAGUUCAUUGCUGCCAUGGAGAAUUUGGCCCGCUGUCUGCCUAACGUUUUCAUCUCCAGCAAACUUGAGGCUGUUUUCUAUGCAAGCAUCAGUCGACUAAAGGCCGAUCUCAACUGUAUGUCCGACCUUUUGAAAUCAGAGGUCAAGUGGAAGUAUGUCAUCAACCUUUGUGGCCAGGAUUUCCCGCUAAAGUCCAACAUGGAGCUGGUGUCAGAGCUGAGGACUUUAAAGGGCUCCAAUAUGUUGGAGACGAGCCAACCCAGUGAGCUCAAGAAGCAGAGGUUCCUCUUCCGUUAUGAGCUGCAGGAUGCCGGUUUUGAGUAUAAAAAACUUCCAGUGAAAACACAGCAGGAAAAGACUCCACCACCGCAUGGUAUAGAGAUGUUCAUUGGCAAUGCCUACUUCGUCUUGUCACGUGAGUUUGUUCAGUUCAUGAACUCAUCAGCUGUAGUGAGGGAUUUCUUGGCCUGGUCAGAGGACACUUACUCACCCGAUGAACACUUCUGGGCCACACUUGUGCGACUGCCAGGCGUUCCUGGGGAGGUGCCCAGAUCCCAGCCUGAUAUCACUGACCUGAUGAGCAAGACGAGACUUGUGAAAUGGUCCUACCUGGAGGAGAACCUUUAUCCGCCGUGCUCUGGGCAGCACGUGCGCAGCGUUUGCAUUUUCGGUGCAGUUGAACUGCGUUGGUUGCUUAACUAUGGUCACUGGUUUGCCAAUAAGUUUGAUCCCAAAGUGGAUCCCAUUCUUAUUCAGUGCCUUGAGGAGAAACUGCAGAAAAAACAGAAGUUAUUUCAAAAAAGAACUAUUUUGACUUGUCCAAAACAUUAGUUAAGGGGCUGGAGAUUGACCUUUUUUAAAUUUUGUUCAGAAGCAGAUGUGCAUACUACAGGAUUGUGUUAGCUUUAAUUUGCUCUCAUUUUAUACUUUGCUGCAUCACUUCCUGUUUCUUUCUUUUAAAAACACUCAAUUCUUUCUCCCUGGAUGAUACAGUACAUUUUUUGGUCAGAAAUCUGGGAAUCUCAGGAAUAUGUUGUUUUGAUCUAGAAAAGGUAAACUGUCCUACAUUUAAGGAUGUUCACACAGUUCAGGGAACAGCUUCUUCUUAAGUACCCAUGAUUGUAGACUUUAUAACUCUCGUUUGUUCUCUUAAAAACUUGUUAUAACACAGAGAAACUUUAAAUGUAUGAUGACUCUGAGCAGUGAUGAAACAGCAAUUAAUAUCUGAUUCUUUAAAAUUAUUUUAAAAGCUUAAAUUAUUGUUCUAAACUUGGAGUGCACAAUAAAUAAAUAUUAUAAUAAAAGUUUCUAAGUCA